AUGACUACGACUUUGCAUAAAAUUCUCACACACGGACAAAAUAUCAUAGAACAUUUAACACUACCAGUGAGACUUCUCUCAGAACACGCUGCAGAGUCUAGAAAUAAGUACGAUCGCGAGCACCACAGCCGAAAAGACAGUAGAAGACACACAACAGAAGAUUUAUUUCAUAGGGCUUUGGUAUCAUCCGAUCCCGUCGUGUCAAAUACACGGCUAAGUAGACGACAUCGUAAUAUAAAACAUAUGUCUCUGCCGACUGCAGUUAUUGAAAUGUUGAAACCAUUUAAAUUUAACGACGACGAAAAUCUUGUAAAAAAUAACAGUGAUAGCAUGGAAUGCAAUGAAACUGAUGAAAGUGAAUUCACAUCUAUUCUUACAAACAAAAAUGAAGUAUUUUUAGCAAAAGACGAAAAUUAA